GCCUACAUUAUGAUAUGCCAGCAAGAGGUUACAGCCUACAUUAUGAUAUGCCAGCAAGAGGUUACAGCCUACAUUAUGAUAUGCCAGCAAGAGGUUACAGCCUACAUUAUGAUAUGCCAGCAAGAGGUUACAGCCUACAUUAUGAUAUGCCAGCAAGAGGUUACAGCCUACAUUAUGAUAUGCCAGCAAGAGGUUACAGCCUACAUUAUGAUAUGCCAGCAAGAGGUUACAGCCUACAUUAUGAUAUGCCAGCAAGAGGUUACAGCCUACAUUAUGAUAUGCCAGCAAGAGGUUACAGCCUACAUUAUGAUAUGCCAGCAAGAGGUUACAGCCUACAUUAUGAUAUGCCAGCAAGAGGUUACAGCCUACAUUAUGAUAUGCCAGCAAGAGGUUACAGCCUACAUUAUGAUAUGCCAGCAAGAGGUUACAGCCUACAUUAUGAUAUGCCAGCAAGAGGUUACAGCCUACAUUAUGAUAUGCCAGCAAGAGGUUACAGCCUACAUUAUGAUAUGCCAGCAAGAGGUUACAGCCUACAUUAUGAUAUGCCAGCAAGAGGUUACAGCCUACAUUAUGAUAUGCCAGCAAGAGGUUACAGCCUACAUUAUGAUAUGCCAGCAAGAGGUUACAGCCUACAUUAUGAUAUGCCAGCAAGAGGUUACAGCCUACAUUAUGAUAUGCCAGCAAGAGGUUACAGCCUACAUUAUGAUAUGCCAGCAAGAGGUUACAGCCUACAUUAUGAUAUGCCAGCAAGAGGUUACAGCCUACAUUAUGAUAUGCCAGCAAGAGGUUACAGCCUACAUUAUGAUAUGCCAGCAAGAGGUUACAGCCUACAUUAUGAUAUGCCAGCAAGAGGUUACAGCCUACAUUAUGAUAUGCCAGCAAGAGGUUACAGCCUACAUUAUGAUAUGCCAGCAAGAGGUUACAGCCUACAUUAUGAUAUGCCAGCAAGAGGUUACAGCCUACAUUAUGAUAUGCCAGCAAGAGGUUACAGCCUACAUUAUGAUAUGCCAGCAAGAGGUUACAGCCUACAUUAUGAUAUGCCAGCAAGAGGUUACAGCCUACAUUAUGAUAUGCCAGCAAGAGGUUACAGCCUACAUUAUGAUAUGUGGAUAUGAAGUUUGCUAGUUUACAUAAGGACCGGUCAUCAUAAAAUGAAUAAUAUGUUGAAUUUAUAAUGCAUUUUUGUUUGAAAAACAAUCUCAGUACUACAGUUAGUGUAUUAAAAUAAAUGUUAAAACUAGACUUAGAAAAAGGACACAGCUAGACAGGGCAACUGACACAAAGUACACAGCGGA